AUUCCUCCUAUUCCUUUCUUGUCCAUGGACGUAGUGGAUGAAAAUGAGGCCUUGCAGCAGUUUUUUGAAGGACAAGAUGUCCAUAGAGCGUUGGAGAAUACAAUGAUGGAUACACACAUGCUGGAACAGUUCAUAGAUUGUGACCUCGAAUUAUUUGGAAACCUGCAAAACAAACUACCUGAUUCCCCACCAGAUUCAGGAUCAGAACCAUAUUCGCCACCACACUCUCAAGGACUAACCAAUAAGUUUCCUGGCAAUUUUUUGGAGGCAACUUGUAAGAUGAAUCCUAAUGGACAAGUCUCUCCUGCAUACCAGGACUACUCUCCGAAGACAGGAAAUGCUGUCACAUCCUGGAUGAGUUCUAUAUCUACAAAUAGCCUUGGUUUACAUGGCUCUCCAGAAAGAACUUCUCUCAGUCCUAGUCUUUCCUUGACAUCCAAAAAGAGGAAACGACCUGAAAUGUUGGAAGACUCUCUAGAAUUUCUAACAUGGCCUGGCGACAUUGGACAAAUGCCUAUUAAAGACUUUUCUUCUGACAUGCAAGUUUAUGACAGCGACAGACAGAGUGUGGGGUCUGUUGAGAAAUGCUGCCAGUCCCUUACAUGGCAGCCAUAUCGAAAGUCUUCCUGGAGUAGCCUGUUUAAUCAUAAUUAUGAAAAACUCCCAGAUGUGGGAUAUCACAUCGUAACAAACAAAGGAUUUAAUUUCUCAGCAGUAGAUGAUGCUUUUGUCUGUCAGAAGAAAAAUCACUUCCAGAUCACGGUCUAUAUUCGAGUGGUUGGAAAUCCAGCAUUUGUCAAAACCCACGUGGGGCUGAAGCCUGUGGAAAUGUUCUAUUUAAAGGCUUUUGGAAUAAAGGUGGAUGCCCCCAAUCAAGUAAUUGUGAUUGAACAAUCUCAAUCUGACCGAAGCAAAAAGAUUUUCUCCCCUGUUAAAAUUAAUCUUCCAGGAGACCAGGUGACAAAAGUAACCAUGGCAAAAUUGCACUUUAGUGAAACAACGGCAAAUAAUAUGAGAAAGAAAGGAAAGCCUAACCCCGAUCAAAGAUACUUUAUGCUGGUGGCGGGAUUAUAUGCUGUCAAUCAAGACCAGUCUUAUUUGGUGGCUGCUCAUGUCUCAGAAAAGAUCAUUGUCAGAGCCUCUAACCCUGGACAGUUUGAGAAUGAUACUGAUGCAUGCUGGCUACGAGGGCAAGUUCCCGAAACGGUUAUUUGUCACGGCCGAGUUGGGAUUAACACAGAUGCACCAGAUGAAGCUUUGGUUGUUUGUGGAAACAUGAAAGUUAUGGGAACGGUCAUGCAUCCAUCUGACAGUCGAGCCAAGCAAAAUAUCCAAGAGGUUGAUACACAUGAGCAGCUGAGAAGAAUAGCACAGGUGAGACUUGUGGAAUAUGACUACAAGCCUGAAUUUGCAUCUGCUAUGGGAAUUAACCAGAUCCACGAAACAGGAAUAAUUGCUCAGGAAGUGCAAGAACUUUUACCCAGAGCUGUAAGAUCUGUUGGAGAUGUUAUGUGUGAAAAUGGAGAAAAAGUUGAUGAUUUCCUGAUGGUUGAUAAGGACCAAAUUUUUAUGGAAAAUGUGGGUGCUGUGAAGCAGCUCUGCAAAUUAACAAACAAUCUCGAAGUGAGGAUAGAAGAGUUGGAAAAGUGGAAUAAGACACUGGCUAAACUGAAACGGACAAACAGCUUUAAGUCAUUGACAACUACUGAAAACAACCCAAGGAGGAAAUUUAGCCAGGUUGGUUCUUACUUACCAUCAAGAAAACCAGUCACCACAAAACCUAGCAAGGUUUGUUUUCCAGCAAAAAAACAGUCAUGGACCAGCUAUAGGAUUUUCCAGAUAAUUGUAAUUGCAUUGGUUGCUGUGAUGGCCCUUUGCAUUAUGACCAUAUGCACCCUUUAUAUACUGAGUAUCCCAGAGCAAGACGUUGUCCAAUCUGGAUCCAGCAUGUCGACCAGUCGGAUAACAAUCCCUCCAUCCACCACUCUGCCAGUGACCAUCACUAAAUACAAAACGAUGCCUCCAAACCCAAGACCUACCAAUAUCAUCCCUGAAGUGAAUUUCUGUGACAUUUUACCUUGUCACAGAACGUACUGCUGUCCAAUGCAUCCGGGUGAAAGAAGUGAGCUGAGUUACCUGACAAUGAAUACAAAAGAAGAAAGAAAUAAAGGAAAAGAACUAGCAGAACAAAACUGGAUUGAGAAGCCUGACCUUGGAAAUGACUGGACUGAUACAACAAUCAGUUCCAUGCAGAUCUUGGAGUCACAGCAGAAAAUAGACCGUCGCUAUUGCAGAAGAAACUUACAAUGUGGGUCUGGAAAUUAUAGUUACAUCAUUCCCCUUAACAAACACACGCCUCUCAAGGUAAAAAUCACACUAGAAAUCAAUACAACAGAACCAUUGAUUAUAUUCCAAUGCAAAAUCACAUUUGGAAAGCAUUGCUUUUAUCAUCUACCAUCUCAUAAGAAGAGUGAAUUCUUUCAGGAAACCACACAGGGAUUGCAGCAUCUUUGGGUUCUUCCUGUGGCGUCUUUGUACGAGAGCGCCUACCAUUUUCGCGUGGCUGUUCCUGACCUUGCUGACUGUUCAACUGAUCCUAACUAUGCUGGGAUAUUUUUCACUGAUUACUACUUCUAUUUCUACCGCAACUGCUUCUGAAAGGACAGCUUGAACUCUCUUUGAAAAAGAAAGGAAAGAAGAGAAAACCUCCUGGUGCUUCAGAGAUCUUUGUUUGUUACCAGGACUUUAUUUGUUUGUUAGUUGGUAAAGGUUUCCCCUUGGCAUUAAGUCUAGUCAUGUCCAACUUUGGGGGGUGGUGCUCAUCUCCAUUUCUAAGCCUCCAAAGUUAUCUGACUGCCAUGACUGCAUGGAGCGCCAUUACCUUCCCGCCGGAACGGUACCCAUUGAUCUACUCCCAUUUGUAUGUUUUCAAACUGCUAGGUUGGCAGAAGCUGGGGCUAACAGCAGGAGCUCACCCUGCUUUCUGGAUUUGAACCACCAACCUUCUGGUCAGCAAGUUCUACAACUCAAUGGUUUAAUCUGCUGCACCACCAGGGGCUCCCAGUAUUGUUACCAAUACUGUAUUUGGUGCUGAACAUUGACACAUGCCUCUAGACAAGUGUUGUACCCCUUGCAGGCUAGAGCUGAUAGAAAAUUGACUGCCAAGGGUUAUAUAGUUUAGAAGAGAAUCAAAGUGCCAAGAAAAUCAAAGUGUACAAAUGUGAACCACCUGUCCGACUGCUGUAAGCAGUAUACAAGUAGGUUAGUAAAAAGAGGCAAAUUCACUAUCCUAGUUUGCUCUCAGCCUUCACAUCUUUUCCUUACAUGAAACUGCUACUCUAAUACAAAAAAGUAUCAAAUAACUAAUACAACUUUUAAUUUAUGUACAAAUUGGAAUUCAGAGCAUGAAGAUAGAACCCAUAUUCCUAGUGUUAGAGGCCCAAUUUACUAUGUGAUCUAAUUGCCAACACCCCACCAAACCAUCCUGCCCAACCAUGCAAGGCUUCCUUGAAUAUUACAAGGAAGUAGUAAACUAGAUGUAUCUGACUCAGUCUCUGGAAAUCUGCUGCCUGCUCAUCUGGUAAUUCUACCAAUUGUUCACUCAGGCUGGAUCUACACUGCCAUAUAAUCCAGUUUCAGAAGGCAAAUUAAUUGCAUUAAGUAUUUAACUGGAUUAUAUCAGUCUACAUUGCCAUAUAAUCCAGUUCAAUGCAGUUAAUCUGCAUUCUGGAACUGAAUUAUAUGACAGUGUAGAUCCAGCCUCAACCCCUGUGGACAUCAGUUGCUGCUGUUUGUUAUAUUUUUUUUCUUUUCUUGGCGAAUACUUACUGUAAUUCAGUUUUUGAUACCUUUGUAUUGGAAAUACGAAGAACCAAAUAAAAUUGAAGUCAUGAACA